CCCUCCCCACCUCGGUCUGCGCAUGCGCGGCGAGCCAGGCAGCCCCCUAUUAUUAUUGUUAGAAUAAUUGCACUUAUGAAAAUGGCGGCGAAUCAGGGAGCUGUGGGACCUGCUGUGGCUCUCCAGAGCCAGCAUUAUCCCAACGUCGCGCACUGGAACCCGGGCGUGAUGCAACAGCAGCAGCACCCGCUACACACCGCGCGUAGUCUGGAACGCGCGCUGGAAGACGCCGUCUGCUCCGGGAUGCUCAACAUCAGCGGGAGAAAACUGCGCGACUACCCGGGGCUCAACUACGACCUGACCGAUACUACACAAGCAGACUUGUCGAAAAACCGUUUUGGUGAAAUCCCUCCAGAGGUUUGUAUGUUUGCACCGCUGGAGUUAUUAAACCUCUACCACAACUGCAUAAAGGUGGUUCCAGAGGCCAUUAUCAACCUACAGAUGCUCACCUACCUGAACAUCAGUCGAAAUCAGCUAUCCGUUCUCCCCAAGUUUCUCUUCAGUCUUCCUCUGAAAGUACUGGUGGUCAGCAACAAUAAACUCCUGUCUAUUCCUGAAGAGAUCGGAAAGGCCAAAGACCUCAUGGAAUUGGACAUCAGCUGUAAUGAGAUCCAGGUGCUUCCUGCUCAAAUGGGGAAACUCCUCACGUUACGAGAACUUAACAUACGAAGGAACUGUCUACAAGUGUUACCAGAUGAGUUGUCCGAUCUGCCGUUGAUCAGGUUGGAUUUCUCCUGUAAUAAAAUCACUGAGAUUCCCAUAUCUUACCGCAAACUUAAACAGUUACAGCACAUCAUUCUUGACAACAACCCCAUGCAGUCUCCUCCUGCACAGAUCUGCCUGAAGGGAAAGAUCCACAUCUUUAAGUAUUUAAACCUGCAGGCAUGUCAACUGGAUAAAAAACCAGACACACUUGACCUACCUUCUCUGGGAAAACGCUGCUUGCCUCAGCAGCUGACAGACAGUAUGGAAGAUUUCUAUCCAAGUAAAAACCAUGGCCCUGACUCGGGUAUUGGCAGUGAUAAUGGUGACAAAAGACUGUCGGCUACAGAGCCAUCUGAUGAUGACACCAUGAGUCUCCAUUCUCAAGUGUCUGAGACGGCGCGGGCUGACGCACACAUACUUCUCACAAAGCUGGACUCAAACAAAGAUCAGGACCAAUAUGACUUUAUUGACCCAAACCCAGAUGAAGAGGGCACUCUGUCUGAGGGAGAUCUGCAGCACAAUGCACCCUAUGUGUCAUGUUUAAAGGAGCUGGAGCGUGUUCUGAAAACACACCAAAGCAAAGACAAAGAGAACUGGAAAGAAGAGUCUGGCUCCGAGAAAGAGCAGUUAACUGAAGAAGAUGAGGAUGACUUAAAGGAAGUGUUGGAUCUGAGGAAGAUUGCAGUACAGCUGCUACAACAAGAGCAACAGAACAGGAGGCGAUCCCUAAUAUGUAGGGCAGAGAGUCUAAUACACCGUAGAAGAGCCCCAGGGAGAGCUCACAGGUUUCUCAGCCACUCAGGGAGUAGCACCAAACAAAGAACCCCAUCUCAGACUGUUAGAAGUGCAUCGCUAGAUGAAGGAAGCAGCUCAGCCUCCGCCUUGAGUGGACAGGAGACUGAUCUCACUGAUGAAGAUGCAGCUUUCUCUGAGCCUUCUUCCUCUUGCUCGUUUGAUGGAAGUUUGAAAUCAGAGAGCAGUGACUCAGAGCCAAGAUGGCCAGAGGUUCCUCCUGUGCUCAACCAGAAUGAGGAUCGGAGGAGAAACAAGUACCUGAGAAAAGACUACCUAAAGUAUAAGUGCCAAAGUGCUCGAAGAAACUCCAGUGGCAACGACAAUGAUUGUGAGGAGGGGAUGCGAUCUAAUGAGUUCACCACAACUCUGACUGUUUUUGGUCUGAAACCCAGAUCAGCCUUCUCCCGUGGAAAUCGUCAAGACUCUAGCUCCACAGAGCCAAGCUUCACCAUGAGGAGAAAAAUGGAGCACCUCAGAGAGGAGAUGGAGCAGAUCCGACUCUUGCAGCAGAACCUCGAGUCUAGGCUGAAGGUUUUGCUGCCAGAUGAUGUGGGUGCUGCUUUGAUGGAUGGUGUAGUUUUGUGCCAUCUGGCUAAUCACAUUCGUCCUCGUUCUGUAGCUAGCAUUCAUGUACCUUCCCCUGCUGUGCCAAAGCUGAGUAUGGCCAAGUGUCGGAGGAAUGUUGAGAAUUUCUUGGAUGCAUGUAAAAAGCUUGGAGUGCCACAGGACAAGUUGUGUUUGCCGCAUCACAUCCUGGAGGAGCGAGGUCUGGUAAAGGUCGGUGUCACUGUCCAGGCACUGCUGGAUCUUCCAUCCUCAAAACCCAAUCAACUUUCUACCAUGUAGCAUCGCUGGAUCAUGGGACGUCCACUAGCAUCCCUUUAUCCUGCCUUACCACCUCAUCCUCACUCCUCACUCUCAGUGCUGAUUUUUGACUUACUAUGGGGAAGUCAUGACCCUUCACAGCUGUGGGGAACAGGCCAGCUUCUGCCUACCUCUUAUAAGCCUCUAUCAAGGGGUCUAGACAUUUUAAAGCUCCAGUAUUGUGCCCUAUAUGAGGGAAAAUGUGCACAUUUCAUUCGGAGGGGAAAUACCUGUUUCUAUUCCACAGCUGGCAAUGCCGUCUGUCCCCUCUUAAUGCUGGACACCUCUGUCUCCUUUCUUUUGUAUCUUCUUCUCAUCUCUCAUGUUCACUCUUCUCUUGGACGGUGAACCCCCAACGGGUGAGGAAAGGAGAAAAGCCGACUGAAUCUGGAGCAGAGGGAAGAUGAUAUUUCAAUGUCACUCCACCCCUCUCCUGUAUGAAGUCUCUAAGAGCUGUCAGACAUCUUGUUACAUUCUGACUGUUUCCUGUCUGCUUGAAGAAAUAAGUGGGACAGAGACAUGUAUUGAUGUGCGUGUAAUAACCAGAUCUGCAGCGAGGACACCUGGAAAGGACAGACAAAGGCAUUGCCAUAAAAUUGGUCUUUGCUGUCACAGCAGUCAGGUGAGUCACUGGCAGUGCAUUAGAGAGUAUUUCUUUCUUUCGGCAUGCCUGGAAGGUUUUAACACUGAAGACACUGCUCACGUGCCUGCACAAGACAAAGGCUUUUUUUGUGUUCUUUUACGUACGUGCCAGCGUUUGCCAAAUGUUUGUUUUUCCAUGACUGUUUUUCUCACAGGUUUUAUUAAGUGCUUUACGUGUGCCAAGAAUUCACCACAUGAUAACGUUUCGCAAGUACCAGUGUAAAUGCAUUGUGCUACAUUAUAGACUGUUGUGCAGGUUUGGGCACGUAUGUGAAGUUUUUGCCCUAAAAAUAGGCCAAUUAAAAACAUUUGCAAAACCUACAUUAGCAAAACCUAAUUAUAAUUACAGAGUAAGAACAAUCCAUUAAUGAUAGAUGUGCAUUUUAUUAAACGAUUAAAUUUGUUCACAUUAGUUUUUUUUUUGUUUUGUUUUUCAAAUCUCUCAUGUAAGAACACAGAGACUUUGAUACUUGGAAAAUUGAGUGAAGUCAAUUAAAGGGUUCGAUGUGCCGCCGUUCAUUCACCACAGUGUAAACUGAAGGUUUAUAGAAAUUGUUCAAAUAUGUGUAAAUAGUUUGCAUUUAAUUUAUCAUGGACUUUAUUUAUUUACCUUUAUGUACUUUUGUAUGUUUUAUUUAUUUCUUUAUCAACCUCAAAAAUCAGCAAUCUGAUUCUUGAGUGUAAUAUAUGAAUUUCCAUACAUGGAAAUUGGAGCAGCCCUCUUAACGGGUUGUUGCUCUGGAAGUUGCUUGCAGUCAGUUUCUGUAUGACUCUUCGUUAACAUGCACAACAGAAAGCCAGUUAUGUGAGGAAGUCAUUUGUAGAAGAUCAGAUGCAGAAUCAGCAUUCACAUUUUUGAUUUUUUUUUUUAUAAUAAUAUUUGACAGGAGUGUAAACAAGGCUGUGAGGGAUAGGAGUUCAAGGGAUUGUUUAACAACUCUUCAGCUGAUGAAAAGUUUUUCUGAUAAAAAAGCUUAGUAAACAAACUCCAUAAAACAGUUUUAAAGGUUUUAAGUUCUGAAAACUAUGUGAGCUUGGGUAAUUCUACAGUGUACCGUUGUAAAGACUAUAAGUCUGUCUCUCACAGCCUCAUUUUUAUCCACUUUAAAUUCAAUCUGUCAUCUAAUUUGACUUACGGUAAAUGUCCAUUACAGCAGCAGAAUCCGCUCCAAACACUACAAUAUCUCCACUUCGGGGUGUGUCUGUAGAAAGUAUGUCUGAACUGUUUAUUUCAGUGCAUGACCAAUUUAAUUGUCAUCAUAAGUGUUUUUUACUUGAUCUUUCUACACAUUUUUUUUUUUUUUAAUGCUCUCGGCACUCUUAAUGCUGUGUGCCAAUCCCACAAUUCAUCAGGUGAUCGUGCAACUUUACUCCCAUAAGAAAAAUUGAAAAUGCUUGCUCUGCUCUGCACAAGUGGAUGGUGCAUGUAAACGUGAAUGCUGUUAUGAUGUCUUAAAGGGACGGUUCACCUAAAAAUGAAAAUUACCCCAUCGUUUACUCACCCUCACGCCAUCCUAUGUGUUCUUCUUUCAGACAAGUACAAUAAGAAGAUUUUAAAAAAAUGUCCUGGCUCUUCCCAGCUUUAUAAUGGCAGUGAAAGGUGGCCGAGAUUUUGAGGCAAAAUAAAGUUCAUCCAUCCAUCAUAAAAAGUGAUCCCUACAGCUCUGGGGGUUAAUAAAGGCCUUCUGAAGUGAAGCGAUGCAUUUGUGUAAGAAAAAUAUUACGCCAUUCCAGACGGAGGAUGCGUCCAAAGUUAAUUAACUGCUUCCAGCAUAUUGUGAUAGGGUUUUGAAGAGAAAAUGUUCAUUGAUUUAUUCCUCUCAAAACGUCAUUUUAUACUCUGCUGGCAGCAGGAGCAGCUGUUGACACCUUUUCUUUGGAAAGUAGUUUUAGGACCCAGAUUUUGUUGAGAUGAGUAAUGUCUCGCUCCCCUAUCAUGCUACACACACCAUGGCAGAUACAUCUGGUUCGGUUCCACAGCUUUGUGAUGGAUGAAUAGGUGACAGCAUUUCCUCAGGCUUUAUUGCCUCCUCGACAGAAUCUCAGCCAAGAAUGUAGGUUUUCUAAAGGUUACAGGUCCCAUUAAAAAAAAGAAAAUGUUUUUCUUUUAGUUUCACUCAGUUGCACCCUCUAAUUUAGCUGUUUCUGUUUGCUUGCCUUUAUAUUUAUGACACAAUUUCCCAAUAAGCCAUUUGUCAUUCAUAUGCUUCCCCUGCCAUCACUUCUGAAAUAGGUCACCUGCUUCAAGGUAUAGACUGCAUACUGCAUGCUAGUGUUUUAAUAAUAUGCUUUAGUACUCGGUAUGCAAGAAUAAUGAUUGAACUGUAGCAGAGAUAAUCAUUGUCACAUGACCUCAGAUUGACAAAAGAAAUGCUGAAUCAGGGUUCAUGACACUUACUGCAUUGUGGGGGGAAAGUAGACCGCUUGUACGGAGUAUGCACAUUUACACUUCAAUGAGAGGAGUAUCCUAUUUUAAUGAAGUCAUGUUCCCUUUGUUUCCUCAAUUAAACUCCAUCGUGACAAAGCUUUGAAAUAAUCACUCUUCAGCUCUGAUUCACAUUCCUUUUUGUGAGAAGCUGUUCAGUUUGUAAAAAGACGUUUUGAUUAAAAAGUAAUAGACAGGUUUGAGAUGCCUCCUGCGCAGUGCGUACUGUAUGUAUAUGUUUUUGUAUAUGACAACUUGAUUGCAUGAUUGGAUCAUAGCAUCAUUCAUGUACAUAACCGGUUUCAACACAUUAGGAUGUUUCCUAAAAAGGCAACCAAAUGAAACCAAGGUCAAAAUACUGGAAUAAAUUGAUAAUUUACAGUG